AUGGACAUCUCAGAGGCAGUCCAGCCUAGCACCAACACCGAUGAGGAGCAGCCCGAAUUACAACCAGCACCAGUACCAGCACCAUGCCACGCACUGGAUAAAGAGAAAGAUGCAAGCCCAGAGAUUCGGGUUUCCACAUGGCCAGAGCAACCAACAGACCCUGACACUGCCACUGCCGCUGCCACUGCCACUGCGCGGGCCGACCUCGACCUCGAUCUAGAAUUUGGCUCGACCGUACGGAAAAAGCCCAUCAGUGUUCCCCGGUCCAAGCGGCGAGGUCCAUUGGCCUCGCUCACCAUUCUCGCCGAGGUCGACGACCCGUAUCUCUACCCCAACAGCGCCAAAUGGUUCAUCACGUUCGUGGUAGCCUUUGCUGCGGCGACCACCUCUCUCGGGGGCUCCAUCAUCUAUCCGGCUCUCGCCGAAGCGGCUCAGGACCUCAACGCCAGCGUCACCGUGACCAAUCUUUCCGUGGCGCUGUAUAUGCUCAGCAUCUCCAUCUUCCCUCUGUGGUGGUCGUCGUUUAGCGAAACAACUGGCCGUCGAACUGUCUACGUCACUUCAUUUACGCUGUUCAUCCUCUUCGCCAUCCUCUCUUCCGUGGCGAAAUCGAUGGGCGUCUUCGUCGCGAUGCGCCUGCUCUGUGGCGGGGCUGGCUCGUCGGUGCAAGCAGUCGGAGCGGGAACUCUGGCAGACAUUUGGGAGCCUUUUGAACGAGGAAAAGCCAUGGGCCGCUUCUACCUUGGUCCCUUGUGUGGGCCGCUGCUGGCUCCCGUCAUCGGCGGGUUUCUGACCGCCCGAUGGGGCUGGAGAAGUACCCAGUGGUUCCUGGUCAUUUAUGGCGGAGUGGUUUUCGUCCUCCUCCUCUUCGGACUGCCCGAGACAGUCAAAGCUCAUAAACACAGUGUGGUUGUCCAGGACGCCGCUUCAGCCGCCGUGGCUGAAGAAGAAGAGGGAGGAGGAGGAGGCGGAGGAGGAGGAGGAGGAGGAGGAGGAGGAGGAGGAGGAGGAGGAGGAGGAGGAGGAGGAGGAGGAAGACAAGGCGAUGAAAGCAAUCUAUCCCACAAUAUGCCCGCUCUGUCCCACGCCUCAGCCUUAACCUCAACCACUCGCGUCCGAUUGAAAAGACUCGGCGGCAUCCUGCGCCGAGUAUUCCUCGAGCCCCUGAAGAUCACCCUCCUCCUUCGCCACCUCCCCAUCUUAUUCGCGGCCUACUACGCGACCCUCGCAUUCGGCACGCUCUACAUUGUCAACAUCUCGGUCCAGGACGUCUUCGCCAAGCCGCCCUACAACUUCUCCGUGUCCAAGAUCGGUCUGAUCUACCUCCCUUCCGGCUUCGGCGGCCUGAUCUCGGCUUUGUUCAGCGGCAAAUGGGCCGACCAUGUCAUGGCGCGAGAAGCGAGGCGGAAGAACCGGUAUGACGAGAAGGGGAAACUGAUCCUGCGGCCUGAAGAUCGAAUGAUGGAAAAUGCCUGGGUCGCUGCCGUCGGCUUUCCCAUCUCUAUGAUCUGGUACGGCUGGACUGCCGAGAAGGGGGUAUUCUGGCUGGUGCCGAUGCUGGCAAAUUUCGUCUACGGCCUGUCGACCAUGCUUAUAUUCGGCCUCGCCGCCACGAUGCUGACGGAAUUCUCGCCGCGCAAACCCAGCAAUGGCGUCGCCGUGGCCAAUUUCCUCCGCAACCUCUUCUCCUGCGUCGGCACCGUCCUGACCGUCCCGCUGAUCCGCGCCGAGGGCAACGGCUGGAUGUUUACGGGCCUGGCCAUCCUGGCGAGUACGGGCGCUCUGGUCAUUUGGUGGAUGAGGGCCAAGGGCGGGGCGUGGCGCGAGGCGAACCAAGGGAAGCUUGCGUGA